CCGACAAAUAUUUCUGAUCUUAUAACAAAUAUUAGAUCAGAGCGGCGCGUUCCGACGGCUGCGUCAGCGCCUCGGCCGCGCCGGAAUGAAGUCGGCCGGCAAUAUGCGCGACGGCGCGCCAAAACUGUCGACUGUCAGCCGGGCCGCGGCCGGAAUGUGUUGUUUAGUGUCAGCUAUUUGAUUUACGCGCGAAGGCCGCUGCCGAGAAGAGUGGCGUAUUGAGUGAGCGGCGUGUCGGCGGCGGCGCCGUUUGAUUCGGCCGCUAAUCCCGGUGGUAAAUAGUGGCGCGGCGCGGCGCCGCCUCUCCCGCGCCGCUCUCAUUUGCUCGUUAGACCCUUGACAUAAUCCCGGCCGCCCAUCGGAUGGCGAUUAUUUUUAACUCGGCCGGCCGGCCGCCGCCGCCGCCGUGCUGCUGCGCUGCCUUCUCCUCUCGUACCGUCGUCGGCGAAAAACGUGCUGGCGCCGACUUGGCGGCGAUUCCGCCAAUAUUUUCUCACCAAACGCCCGCCCAGCCUGCCUCGCUGUCGACAUUGCAGAGCCGGGCCUCUCUUAUAUCUCAACACGUCGAAAUGGGUUGUUUGCACUCACGGGAUAAUAAUUAUUUUCUCCAUGCCAAAGUUGUCUCACAUCUGCGCCGGCCGGCUAAUCCGGCGGCCGGCGCCGACCAAUCAGCGACAAGCUCCGCCCUCGGAGGCGGAGUCUUGUGACGUCUGACGGAUAGACAUGUUUCCAUUGGCUGCGCUCGGCAACAAUUUGUUUGGGGAGGGCGAUAAACAUUUGGCAGGCGUUGUGUUACAACAGUUUACGGAGCGGCGGUGGGACCGGGCGCAGAGCGGACUGUGGGCUCAGUCGUCAGCCAUGGAGGUGCACGGAGAGACGGGCGCUGCCGGUGCUGCCGCCGCCGCCGCCGCCGGGCCGCUCGGGUACAGUGUGCGCGACAUCCUCGGACUGCGCGCCAUCUCCCAGUUCGCCGAGACGCCGCUCGACUUCCGGCUGCCCGCGACCGGAGAGCCGGUGCGCUCUCCCAGCGAGCCGCCCUCAGACGCCUCGGACGAGCACGUGACGGUGGACAGUGACGACUCGGAGGGGCCGGCCGGCGAGCCGCCGCAGCCGGCCGCGCCGCCGCCGCCACCGGCCGAGACCGAAGACGGUGACGGUGACGGGGAGGGAGCGCGGACCGAGCCGGCCGCCGGCCAGACGGAGCCGGACAGCGAGAAGAAGGCCGGCGCGCUGGUCAAGCCGCCCUACUCGUACAUCGCGCUCAUCACCAUGUCCAUCCUGCAGUCGCCGCAGAAGAAACUGACUCUCAGCGGCAUCUGCGACUUCAUCAUGAACCGCUUCAGCUACUACAAAGCCAAGUUCCCUGUCUGGCAGAACAGUAUCCGGCACAACCUCAGCCUCAACGACUGCUUCGUCAAGAUUCCGCGAGAGCCAGGUAACCCGGGUAAGGGCAACUACUGGACGCUGGACCCGGCCUCGCUGGACAUGUUCGACAACGGCAGCUUCCUGCGGCGCCGUAAGCGCUACAAGCGCCACCAGCCGGACCCGUUCCACGAGCUGUACGGCGCCGCGGCGGCCGCCGCCGCCGGCCGCCUCGAGCCGUACCGGGCCGCGCUCAUGAUGCGCCAGCCGACCGUGCCGCCGCACCCGCACCCGCACGCCCACCCACACGCGCACCCGCACCCGCACCUGCACCCGUACCUGGGGCCGAUGACGUUCGGCGCGCUGCCGCCGGCGCCGCUGCUGCCGCCGCCUGUCAUCAAGCCGGUGCCGGUGGCAGCGCCGCGGCCCGCCCGGCCGCCAGCAGCUCCGUUCAGCAUCGAGGCCAUCAUGGCGCGCGACUCGCAGCACUCGCCUCCGCCGCCGCCACCGGCGCCGCCGCUGGCCGCGCUGCCGUUCCGGCUGGCGGCGCAGGAGCUGUACCGGCUGCAGUGCUCGCUGGGCAGGUGAGGGCCGCUCCGGGCAGCGGCUGAGGUCGGCCGGUGGUGUGUCGGCAGACCCCGCGACCGGCAGCGUGUUAGUCGGGGCCGGACCGUGUGCCGACUGUUACACAAUGGCCGGACCACCCGGUUUGACCCGGUAAUGCCGCCCGCCGCGCCGACACAGAGGAUAUUUAUCGCAUUCUGUUGUUUAAUUUAAAUAUGUUUUAGAUUGGCUGUUGUCGAUGGUGCGAGCUGUGGCUAACAUGCACCGGGCUGCAGUGAGCGCGCUGGGGCCGCGACUCCCGGCCCCGGCUGGGUCGAGGCUCAGUGGGGCCUCGCGGGGUCGGUGGGCCGCCGGCCUGCGCCCGGCGCCGCCUGUUGUUUCGAGUCGUUAUGAUCUCAGUGUAUGUGUGUGUGUGCGUGUCACUGACUGACCUGCUUUCAAAGAAUACAUAUUGGAUGUGCUCUGUA